AGAUCAACGGGACGUCCCUUGCCUGUAGCAACCUACGUCGACGACUACUCUGUAUUUCCUAUCCGCUGAGACAUAUUCCCGGAGUCUCAUUGGGUAGGCGUUUUCUUGCCUGGAGCUUGUUGUUUUAUUUGUUCUCAACCAGCGCACUACUUUAAGUAAAUACGCGAGCUGAAGAUGGCCCUCCUCUCGAGCUUGGCUGAAAUUGAAGAAACGUCAAACUCUUUAAAAAUCAAUCUGCUGGAUACUGCGGACACCUGUGCGUGCCCGACUGCUGAGCUCAGUAAGGCUGUGUCAGUGUCCUUGGGUUUGGAUACAGUGUCUUCUCCUCACAACAGCAUGAACCACUGCUCCGGCGUCGCCGUUGCAGACUUCGACUCCAUAGUGGAGCGUAGUUUCCGAGGAGUGCUGGAGUUCGGAGCGGCUCGUAAUAGCCUACUGAAUGAAACUAACCCAAGAGAUGACGACUUUGGAGAAGUGUGUCCUGGCAUACAGCAAGUGAGCUGCAUGGAUCUGCUCAGAUCCGGCGAAAUGGACAGGGCGCAGACCGUGACGCGCGGCCCGGUGAUAUCAAGAUAUUUCUGCAAGGAAUCAAGCUUGUUUAUGAACCCGGUGACAGACCUUCCUGCGUCCUCUGAGGUGGACGAGAUCUUACCUUUGAAACCAUACUCUGCCGAUCCAAACCUAUACAGCGAUGCCGCAGCUACGUGGUGCGCAUACAGCGGCCGUUCCGAGGCAGAGAGAAGUGGAUCCGGCGCACACAAUUUAUUGUGUAAACAUUGUAAUUGCGGGAAAGCGUCUCUUGAAUCCAGGCAGGAAUGCCACUGUGUCUGGUAUAGCAAGCGCGGGCAGGGGGGUGAAGGUGACACGCGAGCAGCGAUGGCACAAGGGUAUGGUCAAGCGGAAAGUUCCCAAAGUGCAGUCCUUCAAGAGCAGGCCACCUUUUCCACCAUCAAGACCGAACCUUCAUUUUGGUUGGAUUGCAGAGAUCGCAGUUUCAGGCAUGAGGAUUUGUUUCCAGGUGUGUACCUGUCAGACAGGAGAGUGUGCCAGGUGUGCGGUGACGAUGCCUCAGGUUGUCACUAUGGAGCGGUUACCUGUGGCAGCUGCAAAGUAUUCUUCAAGAGAGCCGCUGCAGGUAAGCAGAACCAUCUGUGUGCCAGCCGGAACGACUGCACCAUCGACAAACUGAGGCGGAAAAACUGCGCCUCGUGCCGUUUAAAGAGAUGCUUCAUGUCGGGAAUGAGCCUUAAAGGUCGCAGGCUAAAGGGAGCCGGACAGACAAGGAACGGAGAGGGGGAGCAACCUCUGUCUCCGUGGGGGACUGGAGAGAGAGGAGAAAGGGCCGGUAAGAAAGAUGUCUUCUCUGGCCCCGGAAGUGCAGCUGCCAGCGCUCAAAGUGAAGAUUGGUGUCCGAUAAGCUCAACAGCAUCCCAAGGCCUGGUUCCAGGUAUCCCCCCGAUGCUGCGCUCCUGCCUCAACCUGCUCAGUGUCUUGCAGACCAUUGAGCCGAUUGUGGUCAAUGCCGGACAUGACCCUGCCCAGCCAGACAGCCCUGCGUCCUUGCUCACCAGCCUCAAUGAGCUGGGGGAAAGACAGCUGGUAACCGUGGUGCGUUGGGCCAAGGCAAUACCAGGUUUCCGUGACCUGCAUGUGGAUGAUCAGAUGUCAGUGAUUCAGUUGUCAUGGAUGGGGGUGAUGGUGUUCGGUCUGGGCUGGAGGUCAUACACCAAUACUAACAGCUCCAUGCUCUACUUUGCUCCAGACCUGGUCUUCAAUGACCAGCGGAUGCAAGUGUCCAGUAUGUAUGAAGACUGUGUGAGGAUGAAGCUGCUCUCCCAGAGGUUCUGCAUGCUGAAGGUCACCCAGGAGGAGUUCCUCUGCAUGAAAGCCCUGGUCCUCUUCAGUAUCAUGCCAGUGGAAGGCCUGAAGAGCCAGCGUUGUUUUGAUGAACUGCGGACCUCCUACAUCAAGGAGCUGGACCGCUUGGUCAGCCACCGCGGGGAGACCACCCGUACACAGAGGCUGUUUCAGCUCACACAGCUGCUGGACUACCUCCAGUCGGUUGUGAGGCAGUUACACCAGUUCACCUAUGAUCUGUUCAUCCAAGCCCAGUCCCUGCAGUCACAUGUCAACUUCCCAGAGAUGAUCUCAGAGAUUGUGAGCGUUCAUGUGCCCAAGAUCCUCUCAGGCAUGGUCAAGCCCAUCCUUUUCCACAACACAGCCUAGAGAGGAGUCUCUGUGAUUGUCCUGUAUGUCACUCUGGCACCCAGUCCUUCGACCAUUUCUGGUAAAGCUGAGACGCCUAGAGAGGGUUUAUGAUUUUCUGAGGUGAAAGAAGUAUAAGCCCCAUUUGUGGCGCACAGUUAGGCUAUAAGUGGACAUUAACACAAGGGCAUACAGCCCAUUUUUCCACUCUAUUGUAAUCUAAUUGCAUCUACUCUGUUCUCACUGCCUGUUAUCUGUAUCACACACAUCAAAUGUUUCUGGACCCUUUUUUAGCAUGCAUUCCUCCACACAAGCUCAUGAACGCCAACCAUCUGGCAUGUAGACUUCUUCAUAUUGAUAACUGACAACAUUACAUUUUGAGAGUUAAGACCGUAGUAAGAAAAAAAACAUGUUUUUGGAGUUCACUUCACCAUAGCCUGUCUGUGUACAGUAGUGUGACAUUUGGACUACCUUUUUUCACAAUGAAUGUUACUGUGUGCACCUGAGAUGAACAAAGUUGUUGAUUGACAGUUAAUAAGCGGUUGUGGCAUGCAUGCUAAAAAGUAAAACUCUCCACUGAAGGCAUACAAAAACAUUUUUUAAGCUUUUCUCACACAGUCGACUUAUAGUUUUAGGUAUCAAAAAAAAAAAAUUACACUAUUAACCUGCAAGUAUAGCAUGUAUAUUUAUGAAUUUUGUGAUGUCAAAAUGUCACACCAAAAACAAUGAAGAAACUAAUUGGACAAAAUAAUGGAAUGAUUCAUUAGUCAACUAACAUUGAGUGACUAUUUUUAAGUUUGCUUGUUUUCCGGUGUCAAAUGUUAUUGAAGUACAAUUUUGGACAUUUCAUACUGUUGUAACUUUUCUACUGUUUCUUAAGGUGUUCUUUGUUGUGUAUCAUCAUGUGUUCAUUGUAGCUACUGAAAGCUUUGCUAAACGUUUAAAGAUCCAGCCAAGAAUCUGCUCAUUUGUUGCAUCUGUUGACAGCUUAACAUGUAAUAAAACUGAAGCAUGACUGUG